GUAGGGGUAGACGAAGAGAGAGGUGCGUCGAGAUACCGAACAUACGCGAGUCGGUGAGCAUUCGGAGCAGCGAGAGAUCGUGUCAGCGCGCGAGGAAGACGGAGGAUAGCUGGUAGUGGGUACGAUAGGGGUUGAAUCGAGGGGUGCUGUGGGGAUGAAGCAGGAGAUGCAGGCGUGAGAGAUCGUGUGACAGGGGAGAAUCCGGACAGAGAACCAUUUGAAGAGAAAAAGAGACGGAAACGACGAGGAAGACCGGGAAAAGUGGGGAGCAAGCGUGGGUGCGAAGAGGACACAGGCAUCAGGGAACGGAGGGAUGAAACGGGAAUCGUGGCAGGAGACGUCGAGGGAGAUAACACGAGCGGCGGGGGAGAGCUGAAGAGAGAAGGAGCGGGAUGGAGGGGAGUAAGAGCGAGCGAGCCAGGGAGAGGCGCAGUCAGACAGUCAGGCAGGCCGCCCGGCAAGCAAGGAAGGCAGGCAGGCAGGCUAGCAGGCAGCCAGCCAGUGCACCAGCCAAGACCACUAGAUCCGCUCGGCUUACCGACUUAGAGACUUAAGCCGGCAGGCAGUCCGAAAGGCUCAACCGGCUAAGCCUGGCGGACCCACCUACUACCGACGCGCGGCCACUACACGUUCCAUCUACUACGAAAACCGACUAUACUACCGCGACCUGCGGCACCCACCGACGCUUUUCUUACGUUUCCUCUGUCUAUCCCUCUUUCUCUCGCAUCCCGCGGCCGUACGUCGUUCCUUGACGCGUGCCGUCAAGGUAAGAAGAGCGGAGCGCGGACGCCCGCGCCACGACCACCUCAUCGACGUCGGUUGAUCGCGAUGCCGCCCCGGCCCUCGUGGUGACUCUCGACCCCGGUACACCCUUCGCCGCAAGGUGAACUGCGUGCGACGGGAAAUCAUCCCUGGUGUCGAUAGAUCGCGCGAUCGUACGAGUGACCAGUCCUCCCGCACGGGGCUGUCGGCCAUUCCCGGUGUCGCGGUAUACACGGUGGUGAUCUUCGAGGAUGUACGCGUGAGUUGUGAUCGGCUACGAUACAAACCAAGUGCAGUGCAAAGGAAUUUGUCGACGAGAAACGUUUCGGGGGACGAGGAACAACGAAGAAUCAAAGUGUCUCGUGGUUCUCAAGAGGUGGAUCGACGGACCGAUAUCAGACUCGAGGAUUUUCGACUCGAAUCGAGUUCCUUUUGGAGAAUACUCGAGGAAUCCCAGUGAGAAGCGUACGUGUGAGCAAGAACCGUAGUGCUGCCUAUUGCGACCACAGUGCCGUUUAACCUACUUUCCAUCGUGGGUGCUUCUAAAUCUCCCACUAUUCGCCUAGCGUCUCUUAAUCCUUACGUAACUGGUCGUCGGUCGUCGUCGAUCCGCGGUUACCCGAUUGUUUAUCAGUCGCUUGUACCCGAGUGGCGAAGCGCGUGUCUACGCGGGUUCCUACGACGCCGAGUUUCGCGGUGAGGUCGUUACCACGCUCGAAACCGAUCCAUGGAAACAAUCUUCGCGAUCCACCGACUUGUCCGCCUCGAACGGGUGCACAGGUGUCGCGGGACGUCGCUUAGCGACGGUACGCGUUGGAUCAUCGUGCUCGGACUCUGACGAGAUCUUCGCUGCGGUUAGGCGCUUUCCUGGCCGAUUGGACCUAUGACGAAGACCACUGGACCAAAGCGAACAGGUUUACUUGGAAGGGAAUCGCCGAUAUCGUUGGCGAAACGAGAAGAUCGACGUCGUUCGUCGAAUUCGCUCGAGGGAGCGAAUGCUUAAUCGUAGACGGUGGCAAUCCAACUUCUCCCGACGGCCGUCGCUAGUGGUAUCGCCGUUCGAUCAGGAGGGACUUGUUGUGAUUAGGUGCGCGACGAGCGGAUGCGUCCCUGAAACGAGACCCGAAAGGACGUCUCGUUGGACGGGAUAUCGCGUGUAAUUAGGCCUCUCGUGGGCCCGUGGUUGAUCCUGCGUCGCGUUGUACAGAACAGUCAACACGACGUUAACCUUCUAUAGUAUGGAGCGGGGCGGCGGGGGCGGGGGGAGCCUCGAACUCGCCGGGGGCGGAGGCGGUGGUGGCAACGCGGAUUUGUUGCUUCAGGAUCUCGUUACGGGAUCGACAACCGGUCUAUCGGUCCAGCAUCAUCAGCACACGGCUGCCACGGCCUCCAUGUCUGGCCUCCACGGUGACCACCUUCAAGGAACGAUGCACCAUCACGAUAUUCACGGGAACUCGCACCACGACGCCUCCAUGCUGCACAACUCCAGUCAUCAGCUUCACCACGAACCCUUGGAGAAACUUAAACUAUGGGCGCAGGGCGACUUCAGAGACGAGACGAACGGGGGCUUGGCGAGGCUCGAUUCGACGGGUCACGGAGCACACACCCCCGGUGGAAGCAACCCCAGUACACCAGGUGCGACACCCACGACACCCUCUGGUGGAUUCUCUACGGCGCAGCCCAGGUCCCGCACGAACACCACGCACAGGCCAGACAUCCGAAAAGGUGUUCGGACACCGACAGAAGUGAAACACGAAUUGGGAGCCGGCGGAGGGGUGGUUUCGCCCGCUGGUGUGGUCGGGGUAAACGACGCGGACGAUAAGGACGGGAAGAAGAACAAACGCCAGAGGCGGCAGAGGACACAUUUCACGUCGCAACAGCUUCAGGAGCUGGAGGCUUUGUUCACGAGAAAUCGGUAUCCGGACAUGUCGACCAGGGAAGAGAUAGGGCUGUGGACGAAUCUUCCAGAACCUCGAGUCAGGGUAUGGUUCAAAAACAGAAGAGCGAAAUGGCGGAAGAAAGAGCGGAACGCGAUAAACGCGGCAGCGGCAGCGGCGGCGGACUACAAGACGGGCUUCAGCACGGCCAGCUUGAACGGUUUCAUCAGCCAACCAUUCGCCGACCCUGACGCGCUUUACAGUUCGUACAGCGCGUACAACAACUGGACGGCCAAGGUCCCGUCUCCCCUCGGCAGCAAGAGCUUUCCCUGGGUGAAUCCUCUAGGGUCCGUGGUGCCUACAGCGUCGCACCACCACCAUCACACCCAGGUGAACCCCGUGAACUGCUUCAACGCGGCGGCGACGUCCGUCGCUGGUAGCCACAUGGGCGGGAUGUCGGUUUCCGUAGGCCAGGCAGCCACAUCCAUGUUACCAGGGAUGGGAUCUGGCCUAGGUGUAGCUGGUUCACCAGUGGCAGCGUCCGGAGCAGCGUGUCCUUACGCGACACCUGCUGCUCCUCAUCACCCUUACGGACCUCCAGUCUACACUCCGCACCAUAGAACAGCCGCAGCCCCGGAGAUGACGUCGAGUAGCAUCGCCUCGCUACGGUUGAAGGCCAGGCAGCACAGCAGUGGGUACAGCGGCCUCAGCGGCAGUUCGUUCAGCAUAGAGAGUACGCCUGUCUCAGCAUCUGGGAGUCCAGUUAGUUCCAGAGCGUCGUCCGUGGGAGGAGGUGGAGGACUAAGCGCGUGUCAGUACGCUCUGACGACGACUGGCGAAGCGAAUCCGCAUUCGCCUGGAAGCGCAGAGGCCCACGUGAACGCCACCGCCAGGGCUCAAGUCUGAGGUGAAGCGGGGGCUACGUCUAGCCCCCAUCACCACACCGUGACCGGGAAUUCUGGAAGCUCAUUGGCCGGCUCUGGUAGUUCGCUGGGCGGCGACAGCCAGGUGGUGCCCGUCGGAUCCGCGCCAGGUGUGUCUGCCAAUCAGCAAAACGACAAUCAGCUGAGAUCGCAAGAGUGACCCAGGCCUCGGUCCGCCGCCUCGCCGACCUUGUCCUCGAGCCCUUCGUCGACCACCUCC